UAUAUUUUCUACACCAGUAGUUUUCAAUAGGUAUAGAUAUAUAUCUUGAGUGAUAGUCAUCUUGACGUAUUGACAUAGAGCCCGCCUCCACCAGCCCAGAUCCGGUAAUCCCGCCUAUUUAUUAUAAUCAACCACCAAACUUCGACUCGUUCUUGAUUCAGACGACUUGACUGAAAUAUCACUUGAACACUAAAAUAUUAUACAGAGUUGAAAACAGUAAAAGUUUAAGUAUAUUUUGUUUCGAGAAUUUCGACACGACAUGACUGCCAUCAGUCGAUCGUCCGCUACAACCGCCGGUUCCUACUGCGCCUUCGUUAUAUUAACGCUGGUCUGCAUUUUUGACUUUUGGGCACCGGCUUCCAGACUUCCAGUGAACGUCACAUAUGGCAUAACUUUGAUACUUUUAUCAAUAAUCAGCCUGUUAUUAGGUUUUACAUCACAGGAUCCCAAUGAAUCGGUUUUACGAGCAUUCCAAAUCUGUUCUGCCGCCAUGUGGGGCUCCAUUGGUGUUUAUCAUGUAACAGAGAGUCUACAACCCAGAUACCUAACAGACGUCGAGGCAUUAUUUGGCGGCUACGGAGCGUUCCUUUUGAUAUUCAUCCUUUUGGUCAUUGGUGGUCUGCAACACAAAGCUAAAUUUGCAGCAGUCCUGGCACUCGGUUACGCACUUUCCUGUGUCUUUGAACUAGCGUCUUUGUGGAAACCUCUUCGAGCAAGUGCAGCAGCUUAUUAUAUUCUCCUGGCAGCCCUGACUCUCUACAAUUCUGCUUACAAUGCUCUUCAACGUUUCCGUACUGGUAUUUCUUAUACUGUAACAUCCGACGCUCUUGAUAAAAAUGUAUCCAAAGAUUACAUUAUUGUAUGCAAUGCUAUGAACACAGUAGCUUUUGCCAUUUUUGCUGGUCAUGUCACAGGAAUCUACGAUAGCGCCCACCAGGAAUUCCAUUGGGUCAUAGUGGCUGGAUUCUUUCAGUGUGUGUGCGGACUUGUUGCUGUCCGAAGAAGCAAUGCUUUUAAUGGUGGUUACUUUUUGAUUCACGGCGUCUUUUGGUUGUCCAUAGGUUAUAAUUUGGCUGUUGAGCACAUCACGUUCGUUCGAGUUUAUCCCCUAAUAGCAGUUUCAGUUAUUCUUUUCAUCACAUUCCUUUUGAUUGCAGUCGUAGCAUUGACUAAAGAAGUUUUCCAGGUCCUUCAAAAUAUUUCAAUGGCAAUAUUCUGUAUCGCUAUCGCAGUAGAUGGAUCUAAAGGUACCUUCGUUGGAGGUACCAGUUGGGUGUCUUUGCUGCUGUCUUUAUACGGUCUAAUGGCUCAUAUAACAAGAAUGAAAAAUGGCUCUUUCAAGUUGCCGAUAGGAUCCCGAUGCCUAGAAGCUGAUAAAUUGAAGAUGUUUUUGGUAGAGAAGUGUCGAUGCUGUGCUGGCUGUUUGUAUGGGAAACUAAAAGAAAAUGGCAAAGGCAAUGCCCUCUUCUCCACCAGUCAAAUGUUAGGUUAUUCCAAAUAUUUAGAUUUAGAUAUGGUAGGAUUCGCAGUUAAUGCCAUCUCUGCGCUUUCGAUUCUUUGGGUUCCAAAAGGUCUUGUUGUUCUUCCAUGGGUUAUUGUCUUUGGUGGAAUUCCUCAGCUAAUAGUCGGAUCCGUGUCUUUUGCCAGAGGACUUACUUUUGAAAGCUGUGCAUUUUUUACCUUCGGUUCUCUUUGGUUGAUUUGGGGAUCUGCGAGAGGACUUGGUAUCCAGGAGACUGACCACAGCGUAUCGGCAGCAGCUGGUUGUAUAGGAUUUUUAACAGUUGGUGUCUUAUUGUUGGGUUUAGCUGCUGUUAUCAGUAUGGCUUGGUUUGUUCUAGUUAUCCUAUUUAUCCUGGUGGUUAUAAGUUUCUUGUUAAACACCCUGGGGGUUCCUGGUAUUGAAGUGUACGAAGUUGUUAUUAGUAUAGCCUUUGCUAUCGUCUGCAUCUAUUGCUUCUUGGCAUCUGUAACUAAAGCUAUCACAGGCAGAACAGUUCUUCCUACGGGCAAACCUAUAGUACAAGUCAGCUAUCUGCAUUCAGAAGGAGAACAGGCAUACUGGGCAGAUGCUAGACGAGCUAGCGGAGUCAAAAAUGUUGCAGCUAUAUUGAACCAGGGUGGUAUUUGUGGAGUUCCUACCGAUGUUGUAUAUGUUUUAGUUGCUGCCCUGAAAUUCCCCAAAUCCGUAGAGAGAGCAUACGAGACCAAAAAAUUAGCUGAAGACCGUCCCAUGUCCAUGUGGAUAUCGAAAAGAGAACAGCUGGAAGCAGGGAGAGAAGAAUUUGGUGAACUUCUUUGGGAUUUUAUGAAAGAAGUUUGGCCGUCAACUAUCAGCCUAGUUGUAAAGAAAGGACCAUGGUUACAGACUUUGGGAGUAGAUUUCGCAGAAAAAUACAUAGGAAGACCUGAUAGUAUUGCUGUCAGGAUGCCAGACAAUACCGUUACUUCACAUCUUAUAGAUCAAACUGGUCCGAUAGCUGUUAGUUCAGCUAAUCCCACUGGUGAAGCUGAUACGACUCAUCAUUUACAAGUUCUAGCUAAACUUGGAUUGAAAAACUGUGAUGGUAUUUUAUGUGCUGGCCCAUCUCCAGAGAAUGCUGCAUCCACUGUGGUUGAUUGCCGAAAGAUUGAAGAAGGUAAACUAGGUUUCUUCCGUAUUGGUAUCGUCCCCCGAUCUCGAGUUGAAGAACUCUUUGAAAAGGUCCAAAGACGUCAUAAAGCUAAGGCAGAUAUACCAGCAUCUAUAUCUCAUAGAAGUGAUAAUAGUAGUGAUAGCGGAGUUUGUGGUUCGGAUAAAAAGAUUGGUACUGAUGAUGACCAGAGCGUUGAUGAUGUGGAUGGUGGAAAUGUUAAUGAAGCGUUUGAAGAUGAUGGAGUUGAAUUAGACAGCAAUGCGGCUAACCAAUCUUUUGAGUCCGGCCUCGAUAAAGAUUUAAGUGACGAUGGUGGGGCCACUAGUCAACAUUCUCAAGAUGCUGCUGAUACUUCUCAUGGCUUCGAAGAUCCUGGAGAACUAACUGAAAUUUUGACCUCUUUGUCCAAUCCAGAAGAAAGUCAGUCCGACAUUUACAUGGUAAAUUCCCCAAGAACAAGUUCAUCUCCUGAAGGUCAAGGUUCAGCAGCAGAUAAUUCUAAUGAACAUGUGUCACAAAUCUCUGGUGGUCGUUUGCUCCAGGCAGCCCAUGAAAUAGGAGGACGACCUUCUCCGACAUUAUCAAACAAAAGUGAAACGAAAGUAAAUCCCAUAUAUCAAGAAGACGAUAUAAACAAAAAUAAUAACACUACUGGUUGAUUAAAAAUGAAAUCUAAAAACUGACGUGCAGUCGCUAUUUCAUUGAAAGACAUCUUACAAUACAAAGUUUAUGUUUAAAGUCAUAUUUUUUUUAUAACUGUGAAUUAUUUAUCUUUCUCGUGCACAAUUCAGAAUCAAAACUGAUAUGAUAGACGGUGCAAGCAAAUUGUCCAAAUGAACAAAACUGUAAACGUGCGAACAUGCUAACAUGCCUGUCACAGAUCUGCUCAGUUUUACAGUGUAGAAGACGUUUAGAAAAAACAAACUUUUUUAUAAAAUCCAAAAGUCUGACACAAGCAUCAGUUUGUGAAGUAACCCAAAACAACUGUAUAAUAUCAGCCAAACCCAGUUUAGAUUCUUAACAGACAUGGAACCCACUCUGAUUCUAGCCAAUCUUUAAAUCUGCAUCCAGAUUCGUGCUUACGCCCUUUGAAUUCUUAAGAUUCAGAAUUAUUGCAAUUGUGUCUGGUGCAUUCAGAAAUGAAAUGGGGUUUAACGUACUACGUGUCUGCGCCAAUGAAGACGGUGACGGAUUUAGACCAAAAAUUGUGUUUCUUCUGACUCGAAUCUGGCAAAAGAAUCUUAAGCUUAGAGUCAUCUGAAGUAGUACCCUUUAAAUGUUCAUUUAUAGAAAUUUUAAUAUAGGAGAAAUACCCAACAUUACAGUAAAUGUGUUCUUACAUCAUAUAUCAAUGUAUGUAUUUAUAAAUAUAAGUAUGAUGAAUGAGUGAGAUAAGGAAUGUGUGAUAUGUAGUAUGAUAUUAGUUCUUUUGCAAUAAAAUGUUUGAUAUAUAUAUAUAUAUAAAUAUUUAAUAAAUAAAUUGUUUACAUUCAA